ACUGUCAAAACUAAAAACGAAUGUCAAAUAAAAGUUUAUGCCAAAAAAAUGCGAAGUGUGAACUGGGCAGUAAAGUGUACGACUUUUGCAGAUUUACAGUUAAUGAUAUUAUUAUUUUAACUUUAUGCACAUAAUUCGUAUUAAUUAGAACUGCCUACAAUCAAAGAUAUUACAAUUAACAGUUAUAUCCUAAUAUUUAGUAGUAAAGAGACUUAAAAUUUAAGAAAAUGGGUGACAAUUUCCAAAAUAAAACCAUGGCUCCUGUAAUGAUGGAUUAUGAUUUUAAAGUUAAAACUCAAAACGAGCGUUCAAAAGUAGAGGAUUUAUUCGACUUCGAAGGUUGUAAAGUUGGUCGUGGCACCUAUGGGCAUGUGUAUAAAGCGAGGCGUAAAGACGGAUCUGAUACAAAAGAUUAUGCGUUAAAGCAGAUCGAAGGCACCGGUCUGUCAAUGUCCGCUUGCAGAGAAAUAGCGUUGCUACGAGAAUUAAAACAUCCAAAUGUAAUAAACCUCAUUAGAGUAUUCCUGUCUCACACUGAUCGAAAAGUAUGGCUGCUAUUUGACUAUGCCGAACAUGAUCUAUGGCAUAUCAUCAAGUUCCAUAGAGCAGCGAAAGCCAACAAAAAGUCUGUGAUGGUGCCUAAAGGUAUGGUGAAGAGUCUUCUCUAUCAGAUCUUGGAUGGUAUUCACUAUUUACAUUCCAAUUGGGUUCUACAUAGAGAUUUGAAACCAGCUAAUAUCCUAGUGAUGGGCGAAGGGCCAGAGAGAGGCCGAGUUAAAAUAGCUGACAUGGGUUUUGCAAGACUGUUUAAUGCUCCCUUAAAGCCUCUUGCUGACUUAGAUCCUGUAGUGGUCACAUUCUGGUACAGAGCACCAGAAUUGUUACUUGGAGCGAGACAUUAUACAAAGGCUAUAGAUAUUUGGGCCAUUGGCUGUAUAUUUGCGGAGCUAUUAACAUCCGAGCCUAUAUUCCACUGUCGUCAAGAAGACAUAAAGACAAGCAACCCUUACCAUCAUGACCAGUUGGAUAGGAUAUUCAAUGUCAUGGGAUUCCCACAGGAGAAAGACUGGGAAGAUAUCAGGAAAAUGCCUGAACAUGCUACCUUAGUGAAAGAUUUUAAGAGAUCUAAUUACCAGAACUGUUCACUUAGCAAGUAUAUGGACAGGCACAAAAUUAAACCUGACAGCAAGGCAUUCAGUUUGCUUCAACGCCUCUUGUUGAUGGACCCCAAUCGGAGGAUAACAUCAGAACAGGCUAUGCAGGACCCAUAUUUCACUGAGGAUCCACUUCCUACACAG